CUGACACUGACGAUCUGUUGCGUGGUGAGUGUAUUGGCAUGUAUAUAAAAUCGUGCAGUGCAAACUGUAGUAGCAGUAGUAGCAGCAGAAGGAUAACAUGAGGACUGCGGUCCUGUGGGGCCUUCUGGCCCUGCUGUGUCAGCACACACUGGUUAGCAGCCACAUACUGGGAAGGUCCUCUUCUACCAGUGAGCUGGCUCAGAUCAAGGAAUAUGGACGUCUCAAUUCAAAAAUUUGGUCUUUACUGGAGCGCUUUGAGGAGACUCUGGCUGAUGCGGCACAGGAGGAGGAGGAUGAAGCUGAUUACGAUGGGACAAAACAGCAGCCUGUGAACAGCCAGGCCAGCAGGGGAUGGAACUUGGACCAGGAGGUGGACCAAGAACCCUUGAUAUCAGCAAAAUCCCAAUUACCAGCCGAGGGUCACAGCAGAACCCAGAGUCAGAGGAGCCGUCUGCAGGACCUGCUGCUGACCGCCAGGAAACGGGCCUCUGGCUGCUUUGGAGCCAGGAUGGAUCGAAUAGGAAAUGCUAGCGGUCUGGGAUGCAACAAUGGAAGAGGGUAGUCGGACACUUUCCUGGGACACAGGUUGGAUUAUAGUUUGAUCUCCAACUGGGAACACAACCAAAUAGAUUGCAUAUGUAUGAUUUUGCAUUAGUCACAGUUCAGCUGUGUGUGUAUGUAUUUCUCUGUUUGAAGUCACAAAUGGGCUGCUUGUCAACUGUGUAAAGAAUUCUAUAGAGUCCAUUAUACACCGUGUAACAUUUAAGCCCUAAAAGAUGAGUUACUAAAGUGCUAACAAAUAAAUAAAUAAAUAAAGUCUUUUUUUCAGAUGUA